CUGGAAUACGACAUCUUCUCGGACCUCAACCUGUAUUUGGUCAUCGGUCUGGGCUCGGUGUCCUUCCUGCUGCUCAUCACCAUCCUGGUCACCAUCGUGCUCAAGUGUCAGAAGGUCAAGCCCAGCAAAGCGGCUCCUCCCUGCAGGAACAGCGUGAUCAGCGAGAGGAACUCCACCAUCGCAGAUUCCACUCUGGUGUCCAACGAUGCCUACUGGUACAGUCUGUUCCUAGCAGAGACCAGGAAAGGAAAACUGGUGGUCAGGCAGCCCAUGCCGAAGGGCUCAAGGUACAUUGUGUCCAGUAUUCCCAGGAGCACAGGCAUGUCUGAAACUAGCGGCUCGGCUCCUUCUACCUUGCAGGUACGACUCAAGUUUGUUCAGUGGCAUACUUACUCAAAUGUAAUCAGAAUUUCUCGGUUGAUUUUAGAGUCUCACAAUACUGUCUUAGUAACAAGCCUUUUCAAGAUUAUCGUUCUCAUAUAAUUUACAAGAUUGAUAAAUGGAAUGACUGCUUUAUCUGACCAUACAAACAUCAACAGAAAGAACAGCCAUCAGAAGGACAGAAAAGAAGAAAGAAAAUAGUUAAAAAAAAAAACUAAAGAAAACAAUCAAAUGUUUCAUCCUUCUUCACAGUGCACGUGUUGAAAAAGAAUGAGGAUGAUCUAAUAAAAACCAACAUACCUCUUCUUGCUUCUUUUGCUCCACAUAAUUAUGACAUUGAAUAUAUUGAUACAAUACAAUAAUAGGUUUAUAUAUGCCUAUGUAAAUGUACCCGAAUUACAGGCCCACAUAUAAAUGUGUACAUUAAUCUUGUUAUUAAGCUCAACAUAUAUGUAGAGAGAGAGAGAGAGAGAGAGAGAGAGAGAGAGAGAGAGAGAGAGAGAGAGAGAGAGAGAGAGAGAGAGAGAGAUCGAUUAUACAUACCCCGUAUAUGUACUGUAUAUGUGUAUAUAUAAACCUUUGUAUACCUUGUAAAUAUGUUAAUAUUUAUAAAGAAACAAAAACAGCACUUUCGCGACUCAAACAACCUUCAGGUCUCCAAAUGUCAGAGAUUUUCUCGGACAAAGUUAAAGAAACGACUCGGCACACAGGAAAAUUGUCUUCAAUAUCGGCGGGAGCGGACCUCUGAGAGCGAACGACGGUUGUUGCUCCGCGAUCACACUCUCGGCUCCCUCUCCGCCGGUUCGAACUUUUAUUGCAAAAUACAAGAAAGACCCUCCCCUAGAGAUUAGCAUACCGCGCCCAACGGUCCGGCCCUUCGGUAGUGAUCUGAUCUACCCGAAUACACAAGUCACAGACUUUGCUGAUGACUAAUGUCCACCUGGGCGCGACAGCUGUUCCCAAACUGUCUUUUGGUAUUCAACAACUCUUUGUUCCCAAUUUGUUUAUUCCCACUCUGUGAUUGAAUCUAGCCUUCGCCCCCCUUGCUUUGACGUGAUUACUCAAGAAAAAGGCCCUCCGCCCAAACGGCCGACACCUCUGCGCUGAGCGUGUCCGGACAUGCCCAAAUUAACCGAAACUUUAAACAUGAUACAAUUUUGCUCAUAGAUUCUUCUAACACCAAAACAAACAAAAUUUCAAAAAACACUCAAAACAAGGCAGCCCAGCGAUCAACUGGUUAGCAUGUCCGUUUCACAGUGCACAGACGCAGCGUUCGAUUACACGCUCCGGGCUUCCUGUGUAGAGUUUGCACGUUCUCCCCCCAUGCCUGCGUCGGUUUUCUCUGGGUACUCUGGUUUCCUCCCACAUUCCAAAAACAUGCACGAAAGGUUAAUUGGGCACUCUAAAUUGUCCAAAAGCGUGAUUGUGAGUGUUAAGUUUUUGUUAAAUCAAACUUUGCCCUGCGAUUGGCUAGCAACAAGUUCACAGUGUACACCGCCUCCUGUCCAAAGAUGGCUGGGAAAGGCUCCAACAUGCCCGCAACUCUCAUGAGGGUAAGCGACUUGCAUAAUGGUUGGAUGGAAAAACAUGACACAAUUUCAUUACAGCAACCGAGAUCACUCAGGCAGAUGUUUCAUCAUUUUCAAAAUGCAUUCUACCUGAUUGACGCACUUUUUUUCCUGAAAACUUUUCAAUAUAUUUUUGAACAAAGCAAAUGACCACAUAUUUAGCAACCGAUUUCAUCAAUAUUCAGAAAUCAAGAACUCUCACAGUGACCAACAUAGACACAUCUUUAUUUUAGAUUUGUGCUUGAUUUUUUUUUUAUAUCUGUUGCAGAACAUAACAACUCUCUCUGAUUUCAAACAGUGCCUUUGCACUGUGGCAAAGUAAAUCAUUCUGUACGUUGUACACUCUCUGUGCUAUUUUAAAUCCAACUAAGUCACGCAAUUUGACAGUCUUGAAAUUGAUAGACUGUGCAUUGUUGGUUCUUUGUAGUUCAAUUAAAUAAUUUGUCACAAAAAAUGUGGAUGAUUUUUUUUCUGUAAUUGUUACCCCACAUCGCCGGACACUAAUUCAUAAAUGGCAGGAGCAGCUUAGUUUUAUCAGGGAUGGCUUAACAUAAUGCCUUAAUCAUUAUUUGGCUUCCAGCGUCAUUUUGUAUCCAUUACCACUCCAAGAAAAUGAUCAUACAUUCUUACUUUUUCAAAUGAAUUUACCGUUGAUUCUGAACCUAGUUUUAGAUUUUUCUGCAUGCAAACCUGAUUAUUGAUCUAAUUCAACUCCUGUAAUCAUAUCACAGAACUCAGUAAAUGAAAGAGUCUGUUGUAUUUACAAUGGGGAGGCGAAGCAUUGCGACACUGGUUGCACGCAUUAAAAUAAUAAAUGUUGGCGAAAAUAAAACAAUAUUAUUGUCGUGAAACAUGAUUUUUACGCGUGCACCCAAUGUCCGUGCUUUUUCAAUGUCAAUGUCAAUUCGACAGCCUCUUUUGUUUUUUGUUUUUUAGUAAUUUGUAUGGAACCCCAAAUCAAUUUGUAGCCUAUAUUCUGGUCUGAGAAAAGUGUAGGGGAGUUUAGUGUCACGCUCAAGGCCAUCCCACUUAAUUUUAGUCAUUUCCACAUUCCUACGUGUCUUUCAGUGUUUUUUGGUAAUUGAUCGUAUUGCUUGCCACACUACCACCGUGGUAGGAAUGUGAGAGUAGUAUAGCUGACCCUCGUGGUGGAAAUGUAUUUUGACGGGAGCGUUAAUUUAAUCAAUUUAUACAGAAACAAUACAUUUAAAUAAUUCAGCGCGCGUCGCGAUACGAUCGAAACAAUCGUAUGGUGGCGCUGUUUGUGAUAAUAUUCAAAUGAGACCGCAUUCCUGUCGUGAUCAUCGAAUCUCGUCAUAGGGUGGUUCUUGAACAAACUGGGCCACUUUGCAUUGAUGAAACGAUACUCCGCCGAUGCGGUCAUUUAUUCUGUCGAUUAUUAUCUGGAGUAAAUUUGCAAAUUCGCGUUUUGGGCAAUAUUGUGCGCCGAAGUUGGACUGGAAAAAAACACGCAUUUGGAGCUAGACUGGGGUGCAGUGAGCGCACAUGAGAACAAUGAGCUCCGCUACAGUUACGCAGUCACAGCAAAGGUACGUGCUGUUCGUUGUUGUUAUUCUUCUCCGGUCUGUGAAUCAAAUAUCCACCUCCGUGACCCAUUAUUCCAUACCCGAGGAAAUGAAGGAGGGAUCCGUGGUUGCCAACCUUGCCAGCGAUCUCGGACUGGACGUUGAAACACUGAACAAAAGGAAGAUGCGUUUGGACAUUAUUUCAAACAAAAAAUAUCUGGACGUGAACAAAGACACCGGGGAGCUGUAUAUCGUUGAGAAGAUUGACAGGGAACACAUCUGCUCAACAAAAUCUCCAGGUUCUUGUUAUCUCGGACUAGAAAUGAUCCUGGAAAACCCGUUGAGAAUUUUUAACAUCGAAGUUGAAAUAAUGGACAUGAAUGACAACGCCCCUCAAUUUAGGAGAGACGCCUUUCAUUUGGAUGUAUCUGAAUCGACACCAAAAGGGGAGAGAUUCUCUCUUAGCAAUGCAGUCGAUCCGGAUGUAGGCAGCAACACAGUGAAAACAUAUCAUCUCAGUGAAAGUGAACAUUUUAAAAUUGAGGUUCAGACGGGGAGGGAAGGAAGGAAAAUUGCGGAUUUGAUUUUGAAUAAAGUUUUAGACCGAGAGGAGCAGGCUGUGCACAAUUUAAUAUUAACGGCAGUAGAUGGCGGCGCACCUCCGCGUUCUGGCACAGCGAGUAUUAUUGUUCAUGUUUUAGACAAUAAUGACAACGCCCCUCUCUUUGAUAAUACUAUUUACAGUGUUAAAAUCAUGGAAAAUUCCCCUAUUGGAAGCCUUGUUAUUGAUUUAAAUGCGACUGAUUUGGAUGAGGGUUCAAAUUCUGAUUUAACAUACUCAUAUAGUUUGUAUACACCCGAGAAAACACGAGAAACAUUUAAUUUGAAUCCUUCGACAGGUGAGAUCACUGUUAAAGGAAUGUUGAAUUAUGAAGAUUUCAGGAUUUAUGAUAUGGAAGUUAUAGCAGCAGACAGAGGCAUCAAUAGUUUAUCCGGACAAUGUACGAUCAAAAUUCAAAUUGAGGACAUGAAUGACAACCACCCAGAAAUAUCCAUUAAAUCUUUUCAAAGUCCAGUCAGCGAAAACAUUGAUGUCGACACCGUGAUAGCAGUUUUGAGUGUGAGUGAUAAGGACUCCGGCAAUAAUGGAGUGGUGGAUCUUCGCAUUCCAAACAACAUGCCUUUUAAAUUGAGGGAGUCGCCCGAUAGCUUAUAUAAAUUAGUUGUUUCGGAGCCAUUAGACCGUGAGAAGAUUCCAGAAUACGACAUCACCUUCACCGUCACAGACAGAGGCGCCCCUCCUUUAAGUGACAACGAAACCAUGACUUUGCAUCUACUGGAUGUAAAUGAUAAUGCGCCACACUUCCCUCAGUCCUUUUAUACCAUACGUGUGAUGGAGAAUAACGCCCCUGGCGCCUUGCUGAGCUCCCUCAGUGCCUUUGACCCCGACCUCCAUGAGAACCAGUACCUAGUGUACUUCAUCCUGGAGAAGGAGAUAGCCAACACCUCCAUGUCCAUGCUCUUCUCCAUCAAUCCAGAGAACGGCAAUCUUUACGCACUAAAGACUUUUGACUAUGAGAUGGAGAAGGACUUCCUCUUCCACAUCGAGGCCAGAGACUCUGGUUCUCCUCCGCUCAGCAGCAACGUGACCGUCCACAUCAUCAUCGUGGAUCAGAAUGACAACACCCCGGUUAUCGUCUCUCCUUGGCGAGCGCACGGCUCCGUAGUGGAGGAGAAGAUCCCCAGAUCCACAGAUAAAGGCUCCCUGGUGGCCAAGGUGAUAGCCUUGGACGUGGAUUCCGUGCACAACUCUCGCGUCACCUACCAGUUCCUGCAGGUGACCGACGCCUCUUUGUUCAGUCUGGACCAGUACAACGGGGAGAUCCGCACCAUGAGGAUGUUCAGCUACAAAGAUUCUCGUCACCAGAGACUGGUGGUUGUUGCCAAGGACAACGGGGAGCCCGCUCUCUCCGCUACGGUCACCAUCAAGCUGUCCACGGUGGAAACGGCCGUGAAGGCUUACUCGGACAUGACCGAGGUACCGCUGGAAUACGACAUCUUCUCGGACCUCAACCUGUAUUUGGUCAUCGGUCUAGGCUCGGUGUCCUUCCUGCUGCUCAUCACCAUCCUGGUCACCAUCGUGCUCAAGUGCCAGAAGGUCAAGCCCAGCAAAGCGGCUCCUCCCUGCAGGAACAGCGUGAUCAGCGAGAGGAACUCCACCAUCGCAGAUUCCACUCUGGUGUCCAACGAUGCCUACUGGUACAGUCUGUUCCUAGCAGAGACCAGGAAAGGAAAACUGGUGGUCAGGCAGCCCAUGCCGAAGGGCUCAAGGUACAUUGUGUCCAGUAUUCCCAGGAGCACAGGCAUGUCUGAAACUAGCGGCUCGGCUCCUUCCACCUUGCAGGUAUGA